AUGGAGUACGACCUGACGCUCGACUCCCACCUCGCGUUCAGCAAAACACCGAUGGCCAGUACUUUAUCUAUCAAUCCAGGCGAACGGUAUUGCCGAUGGCGUGAGGCAGACGACCAGAUUUUCUGCACCAAUAAACGUUUUGCAAGUCCGAGUACUCUGCGAAACCACUACUGGAGAGUGCACGAAACUGACCUUGAGCACAGAAUGCAAGGCAACAACAAAGGCAUGACCCAAAACGACCUUCUUCGCCAAGCAUGCUGGCGAGUCCCCGCCGCCGCAGCCAAAACCCUCGUUGCUCAGCCUCAUGGGAGGAGAACCCAGUACCAGAGCAUAGAGAACGGAAGUAACAAACGACUCAACAAGCUCAAGAGCUUCGCCAUAAACACUAACGCCUAUGCCAAGAACGCUCACGAGGUGUUUAACAAAAACACCGUCGUCCUUCACCUUUGCGGUCUGGUACAAAGGAGUCAAUGGCUCAGCGCCAGUGCUUUCAUUGCAAUGGCAAGGGGCACUAUGCCUCUCAAUGUCCCAAGAAGGAGCCAGAGAACAAUAAGCUCGGGAGCCAGGGCGCAAGGUUCGCCCAAGAACUACAAGAUCCCGUAA